GACGAGGUCGCGGGGCGGCGGCGGCGGCGACAUGGCGCGGUUCCCCAGGGCCGACCUGGCUGCGGCGGGAGUUGUGCUACUUUGCCACUUUCUGAUGGACUGCUGUCAGUUCGCCCAAGGGGAGCCUGGACGCCGAAGGAACGAUUGGCAGUAUGAAGUUGCCCAGGCCAUCCCUCAAACAGAAGAGGUAGAAGUGGACUCACACGCCUACAGCCACAGGUGGAAAAGGAGCCUGGACUCCCUCAAGGGGAUAGAUACGAAUCGGGCCAGCAUGGGUCAAGACGCCCCAGAUCCCAGAGGCUUCACCGACCUGCUUCUGGACGAUGGGCAGGACAACAACACUCAGAUUGAGGAGGAUACAGAUCAUAAUUACUAUAUAUCUCGAAUAUAUGGUCCAUCAGAUUCAGCCAGUCGGGAUCUGUGGGUGAACAUAGACCAAAUGGAAAAAGACAAAGUAAAGAUUCAUGGAAUAUUAUCCAAUACUCAUCGGCAAGCUGCAAGAGUGAAUCUGUCCUUCGAUUUUCCAUUUUAUGGCCAUUUCCUACGUGAAAUCACUGUGGCAACUGGGGGUUUCAUAUACACUGGAGAAGUUGUACAUCGAAUGCUAACAGCCACACAGUAUAUAGCACCUUUAAUGGCAAAUUUCGAUCCCAGUGUGUCCAGAAAUUCAACAGUCAGGUAUUUUGAUAAUGGCACAGCACUUGUUGUCCAGUGGGACCAUGUACAUCUCCAGGAUAAUUACAACCUGGGAAGCUUCACGUUCCAGGCAACCCUUCUCAUGGACGGACGCAUCAUCUUUGGAUACAAAGAAAUUCCUGUCUUGGUCACACAGAUAAGUUCAACCAAUCAUCCAGUGAAAGUGGGGCUGUCUGAUGCAUUUGUCGUUGUCCACAGGAUCCAGCAGAUUCCCAAUGUUCGAAGAAGAACAAUUUAUGAGUAUCACCGAGUAGAGCUUCAAAUGUCAAAAAUUACCAACAUUUCUGCUGUGGAAAUGACCCCAUUACCUACAUGUCUCCAGUUUAAUGGUUGUGGCCCCUGUGUGUCCUCUCAGAUUGGCUUCAACUGCAGUUGGUGUAGUAAACUUCAAAGAUGUUCCAGUGGAUUUGACCGCCAUCGGCAGGACUGGGUGGACAGUGGAUGCCCAGAAGAGUCAAAAGAGAAGAUGUGUGAGAACUCGGGGCCAGUGGAAAGUUCUUCCCAAGCCACCACGACCGUCAGAUCGACCACCACACAGUUCAGGGUCUUGACCACCACCAGAAGAGCAGCCACAUCCCAGCUGCCCACCAGCCUGCCCACAGAAGAUGAUACCAAGAUAGCACUACAUCUAAAAGACAAUGGAGCCUCCACAGAUGACAGCGCGGCCGAGAAGAAAGGGGGGAGCCUUCACGCCGGCCUCAUUGUGGGGAUCCUCAUCCUGGUGCUCAUCAUAGCUGCAGCCGUUCUCGUGACAGUCUACAUGUAUCACCACCCAACAUCAGCUGCCAGCAUCUUCUUCAUUGAGAGACGCCCAAGCAGAUGGCCCGCGAUGAAAUUUCGAAGAGGUUCUGGACAUCCUGCCUAUGCUGAAGUUGAACCAGUUGGAGAGAAAGAAGGUUUUAUUGUAUCAGAGCAGUGCUAAAAUUUGUAGGACACAACAGCACCAGUACUGGCUUACAGGUGUUAAGACUAAAAUUUUACCGAUACCUUUAAAACACAUGCGCACACACACACACACACACACACACACAUGCAUACACACAGAGGAGCCCUGAGCUGCUGUAGCGUGAAGGAGACGAGAUUUCUGGACAAGCCCAGCCCAGGAAGGGUACAAGAAAAACUCAGACUUAUACGAGAUAUCAUGUACACCGAACACAGGAUCCCCUAGGGGGAUGGCAUCUCUAGUUCACAUGGGGCAUCUCCUGUGGAUUUAUCAGAAGCUAUGACAAGAUUACAAUGCUUUUGCUUAGGUGCAGGGUUGCAAAGAGAUCGAGAAAACAAUAAUAAAGCUUUAGUUCACAAGGGAUCGACACCUUUGAUUCAAAUGUUCUUUGAUGUCUCAAAGAUAACUGUGUUCCAAAGCCCGAACCCUUUCACUCAGAAGAGCAAUGAGGAAUGUUUCAAGAUUUUGCUAAGAAAAAUUGCUCUGCAGGAGCAAGCGCAAACACAACAUAAGGGAUUUUCUAUCUUUUCCAAACAGAGGUGUGGCAAAGGGAUUUUGUUUUUCUGCUCUGGACCCAUUUCUCCUAACAAAUCUGUUACUUUACAAGGUAACUCGUUCAUCUGUACAGGAGGUUCAAACUAUGCCUGCCUUUUCCUCAGUAAUGACUGCCCUUACUAUGAGCUGUGACAACAUUUCCAAACGUUUAGCUAAGGACAGAGAAAGAGGGAGUCACAAACGAGGCUUCCCAUUCUCCUGCCUCAGAAUAAAACAUCUGAUUUGUUUUAAGAGUGUUGACUCCACUUCCCAAUUAGGAAGUCCCAUGAAACCAUUGUUGCUCUUGGCUGAAGGAAACAAAAGGAAAUAAUACGAAGAAUUCCUUAAUCAUUUUUGGAACAAAAAAUAUUAAGAGAUUUCCAACAUGUGGGUUCUUAGGUGUUGCCAUUUCAGUCAAAAGGCCCAUUUCAUUGUUGAUUCCUGUCUAAGAAGCCAUUCGAGUCAGCAUAUCCCUGGAGAUGGGAAGAAUGAAAGAACCCUGCUGAACCAUACAGUAAUUUUCUUUAAAGCACAUAGUAGUUACAUAAAUAUAUAUUAUAUAUAUAAAUAUAUUUUUGUUUAUAACUAACACAAGGCAGGCUCUUGUGACUCUAAGAGUGCAUUUUGUCAUCAAGACAAAACAAAUGCAAGAUGUAUCACUGCAUUACUUCCAUAGAGUUGUAAAAUAGUCCUUAAUAUCAGAAUAUUUUUAUGUCACUUAGCAAAAGUGGUUCAAUUAGUUACAAUACCCAUCUCUUUUCUGCCUACUUGAUCCACUCUUUUCAUUGGCAUCAACCCCCCUUCCUUCCUCCCUUACUAAAUAAAGCAGAUGCAAGAAGCUCCUCCUAUGGAGCUGUCAUUUGUCCUGUCAUCACAACCCAGGUUUUGAAAAUUCCUCCUGAAUGAAGAAAGGAAAGGCCACGCUCGAUCAGUAUGUACGCUGAUCUCCCAAAGUUUGAAAUCAAGCACUGUGUGUUUAAUUUCAUCAGCACCCCAACCCAUGACACUCUUACAAUGUGCUGACAACUGUUGCUUCUUCCAAGAUAGAGUGCUCAACAUUGCAGAUUCAGGCCUCUAGGAGCAGACAUGUCUCAAGAAGCACUUUACCAACAGCUUAGCAUCUGUACCCAGAGUCUGCAAUGGACAUCGGUCCACUAAGUAUCACUCUUGGCCAACACGUUACUCUGAUGUAAACGGGUGUCCUUUUCCUUUGAGUGAAUUUAGCUUUAUUUUUGAGUACCUGAUGAGGGUGGUAACUCUUUCCUAACCUACUGAGUUAAAAAUGAAAAACAAGGUAAUUGGAGGAUGUGAUGACAAUCUCUGUGCCAUAGCCAUGUUCAGUUUCUGUAAAAUAUCCUGACUUACUUCUGGAGUAGGUUGGUCGAAUAGCAGUAACCACACGACUUGCCAAUGUAACUGGUGCAAUGGUAUUCUACAAAUCCAUAAGGAACACUUGGACAACUUCCUUUUUUUAGGAUAACAUGAUGCUGCUUUCACUAGCUUUUGUGGCAGAUGUGGCUUUUAGUAGCAGUUGAUUGGCUGUUAUAUAUAUCUUGCAUCUACUUCCAACUCCUUACACAAUUCUUUGAAGUAGUCAUGUUAUCCUUACAAUCUUCAGGGCUCACCUGCCAUUUUAGAUGGAAAACAAUCAAUAGUUCUAUCUUUUAAAAAAGCCAUGAAACUCUGAAUUGUUCAGUGAACCAAAGCACCAGUAACAAGGAAAUGUUUUUGGAGGUACACGGCUGCUAACAUGUGGAAAAACUUCAUAAUAGAACUGAAAGCUAAAGUCUAUUGUAUGGGACUCCUUUGGUAGGAAGGACAUCAUCUGCAUCCCCAUCUCACAUAAAGACAUUUGUUCUAUUUUGUAUCUUGGGUUUGUUCCUGGUUCCCAUUUGCUAUGAGGAACAGCAACCAAACACAAAGUUUCUGGAAAUUCAGAAUGGACAGCAGUGCUUUGGACUACAUACAUGAUGUGUUAGAGAGGGUGUGUGUGUACCAUAUUUAAUAGAUCGUGAAUAAUAGAAUAACAAUAAAAUUAAGAAUAUAGCAGGAUGUGUGCAAACUGCUGGAAAAAUCAGAUAAAUGGUGCUACAGGGGGUUUUAUUUAGUUAUUUCAUCCCAAUUAUAUGUAAAAAUAAUGGCAAUUAAAGGUAUUAAAGUCAAAAAAAUCUAUUUAGUCAACCAGAUGUCAUUGACCACUAUAUUGGUUUGUUUAUGAAGGGUUUAGACUUUUAAGUACACUAACAAAUAAAAGACAAAGAUAGAUGAUAAAGUAUAAUUGACCUCCAAUUAUUAUUUCAGUUUGAGAUGCCUAGCAUAUCUGCUAAUCUAGACAUGUAGCUUCUAAAGCUGUGUUGUCUGGUAGCCAAGUGUGGUUAUUGAAAUGUAAAUUAAUUAAGAUUACAUAGAAUUAAAGUUCAGUUUUUCAGUCACACUAGCCAUAUUUCAAGUGCUUAGGAGCCAACAUAGAACACAUCAAUCAUCAUAGGAAAUUCUAUCAGUUCUAUAGAGGUAUUUCCUUUGAAUUCCUUCUCCUUGAAGAAAAAGCAGGAGACAGAAAAAGAGCCCUUGGGCAUAUCCAAGCCUAUUUUAUCUCAGAGAGGCCCCAAGGAGAAAUGAAAAGAAUACCACACACGAUGCCACCUGCAAUGGCUUUGAGCCUCCGCUGUGUCUCCUUGAAGAAGUCGCUUCAGUCUCCAUGAGCCUCAACUUAGAAUUUUGGAAAAUAUGUGUAUUUUUGUCUUCCUUGCAAGAUCAUUACAAAGAAGGAUAAAUAAGCGGAUAUAUAGACAUUUAAUAACUUGUAUCAGUGUAACCCAUGUAAAGCACAUCUCCUGGUCCGAAGAAUCGUUCAGUCCAAAACUCAUUGAAAUCUUGGUGCAUUUUAUGAGAAAGUGUCAAAGGAGAGUGCGUGCAAAACAUACAGCAAAUUCAUUUUUGUCCAGUCUUAAUAUUCCCUCUGAUAUUUGCUCCAUGUGACGUCUGUCCCUCUCCCACCCCAAAGUUGUCUGUGUGCACCCUUAACUGGCUCAGUUCCUGCUGCAUAGAGUCCAUUGCUUCUGUGGUUUCCUGGUUUCCAAUGUCACAGCAAAGGGAGACCUACAACCUGACUCAUAGACUUUUCUUUAGAAGUCUAUACCUCAAAGAUCAAUAAUUUCAUAUUUAUUUUAUCCCUGGAACACAAAUGUAAGGGGCUUUAAAAUAUGAAAAUAUAUAGCACUUAUUUUUAAAUGUAAAACUGCAAAUGCUGACUAUGAAAGGGAUAAAAUUACUUUAUGAUAAUUUCUAGAUAAUAUGUAUUUUUAGAUCAGUAUAAUUUACUAGCUUUUGGAAAAAAUUCUUAUGUUAUUUCUUCAUAAAAGAGCAUUAAGUUAGCAAUUUUCCUAGUGCCUGUUGCCCAUUUGAGGAAACACUUUGCUAGAUUCCUUGGUUCAAGGCAUUUCCAUUCUAUGGUUUAAAAAAUUAAUACGUAAAAGUACUAAAAAACAGGUCCUAUAGUUAUGAUUGCUUCCUCUUAUGAAAUGUUCUCUCUCUCUUUUUUUUAACCAGGCAUUUUCCAUAUGUUUCAGUAUAGUGUACUUUACUCGUUUUUUAAAAAAAAUUAUUUUACUUUUCUUUUCUCAUGCCCACCCCUUCUUUUAGUGUCAGUGCCCAUAUGCCAGAAUCCUGGGCGAUCAAAUCCGGCCUCUUCAUCCUACAGAUAAAAAAAACAGACCCAAAGAGAUACGGUCAUUUUCCUGAUGUCAGAACUGGGUCUUGAAUUUAAAACUCCUGACUGAUCGGUUAUGCUCCGGUUCUCAUCAUUUGUCAGCAAUUCAGACCAAUCAAGCAGUUUGAAAGGCAGAAUCCAUCUCAGAAACUAACAUCAUGUGCUGUGUCCAGUAAUAGGCAACAUUGAACCCAUCUUCCUCUACCUAACUGCUGACUGCUGAUUGUUGUUACUUUAUAACUACCAGUGAUGCCAAGUUCUAGCUUUUAGAGGGUUUUUGGUUUGGCAUGGUCUUUCUCCCUCUCACUCCCAUAUGUUGCCAUCUGAGUUAGCAAUAAUAUUUAUCCUCACAAUUUAAAGUUUGUCUGCUUUUGCUUCAUUUCUUCCCAAAUGUACUAAUUUGGGAAUUAGUACAUUGAAAACUAAUGCCCUUCCCAGCAGGUUUUCUUACCACAUAUGUAAUCAGUUUUUAUUUGCUCUUUAAACUAUCUGAAUAUUUUUGCCCUGAGAUUUUUUUUUUGAGCAAAUAUUGUGAGGUCUAUGGUGUUACCUAUGACAUAUGCAUAGUACCUUUUAUUUGGAAAGCACUUUUCACUUUGCAGAGCACUUUGAUACAUCUCUUUAUUUGUUCAUUCGUGCAACCACUUCAUUCCCUUCAAUAUUUAUUGAGCACCUAUUGGAACCAAGCUGCUGUGCCAGAUCUUAUGGUAUAUAGUGACAAUUACAAAUAGUGACAGCCCAAGCCUGUCAGCUGAUAAAUAAUACAAUGAAGUUCUCAAACAGAACUUUUCAAGCAGAUAGGAUCAGUGUUACUCUAUCAAUUUCCAAUUCGUUUUCACUUUUAGGGAGCUAUCAAAUAUUUACCUAGAGAAGGUUUCAAACUAUAAUACGUCAUCGCACAUCUGUGCUGUUUGUUUUCAUUUCAUUUAUGAGAAGAAAAGUUACUCAAAGUUGUCCCUGAUCCAGAGUUUCCAAGUCACUUGCGUUCUCACCGAGCAGAGACAGCGGUUAAGUGUCACUUUCUUCACAUGUAUGUCUAUUGGGGCUUUUUGAAUUAUCAACACCAAAACUAAAGUAUUAAGAAGUACCAGUGUAUCAAGGAAGCAAUUGCACUUUAGGUGUGUGUGGUUUGUUAUGCCAUUUUGUCAGACCUCAGGUUUCUCAGUCCGGCACUACUGGUAUUUUGGACCUGAUAAUUCUUGCGAGGUGGCAUAUGGUUCUGUGCGUUUCAGAUUAUUUGAUAGUUUCUAUUGACCAGAUAGUGGGACACAACAUGCCUCCCUUUGUAACAGUUAAAAUUAUAUCCAGACAUUACCAAUGUCCCCUAGGGUGGCAGUGGGGGAAAGAUUAGCAAAAAUCUCUCCUGGUUAAAACCUCUGUAUGACCUAGCAAGCGGAAGGUAUCAGAAAUGGGAUUUUUUUUUUUUGCUCUUUUCCUUGCCAUUUAAUCUUCAUCAUGGGUAGGUUUUUAUUUAUAAUAAACCUUAGAAUCAGGCCGGCGCCGCGGCUCACUAGGCUAAUCCUCCACCUAGCGGCGCCGGCACACUGGGUUCUAGUCCCAGUCGGGGCGCCGGAUUCUGUCCCGGUUGCCCCUCUUCCAGGCCAGCUCUCUGCUGUGGCCAGGGAGUGCAGUGGAGGAUGGCCCAAGUGCUUGGGCCCUGCACCCCAUGGGAGACCAGGAGAAGCACCUGGCUCCUGGCUUCGGAUUAGCGCGGUGUGCCGGCCGCAGUGCGCCGGCCGCGGUGGCCAUUGGAGGGUGAACCAACGGCAAAAGGAAGACCUUUCUCUCUGUCUCUCUCUCUCUCACUAUCCACUCUGCCUGUCAAAAAAAAAAAAAAUAAAUAAAAUAAAAUAAACCUUAGAAUCAUAAACUCCAUGAAUUAAAAGGAACUGCCAAAGCCACACACAUCCCAACCUCAACCCAACCUCAUCCUUAUCUAUUUCUCCAUCUCUCAGUUUUACAAAUCUAUUGAGAGGAGAUUGGAAGAUUGAUUCUCCCUGGAAACUUGGGAAUUGGUUUUUCUGUAGCUGGCACUAAGGCUGUUUGAUAAUGAUGCAUUGCUACUGGUGCUGUGAUAGCUCUUGCAGCGAUCUUUGCAUUCAGAUGGGGACUUGAUACUGAAGUCGUGCAGCUUCUGUAUCUCAGAGACUGCUUUGGGGGCUUUCUUGUGGUCAUUUCACACAUUUACAAAUCUUGCUCUUAGUUCUUGUCUCAAAAUGUGCGUAAAAAUUGAAACUUGGUGUAUCUGAUUGUAAGUAUGCCUAGGAUGAACUUCCAAUUUCUGUUUUUAUUUUCUGAAAAUUUUCUUGUUUGUAUCAUCAGAAUUUUCUCUUAUGCAGUCAGCUAUGGGCUUAAAGCAGUAGUGAUAAUACUGAUUUUUGUUGUUCCUCUAUGGGAGGUGGGGGUGGGGAGAAGGAUGGGAAAAUGUUUGCCCCAAGUAAUUGAUAACUGGAAAUUUCAGUGUGGGAAUGCUUAAAUCUGUCCAGCCAAAGUUUGUACUCAUGUGAUGUGCCUUCUGACACCUUCCCUGUCAAGUCAGUGAUUUCCUGGGGAUUACUGUGAAUCCAAUCAUUUUGCACUUGGGACUAUCUUGCACCAACUGAAAAAUGUGUUGGAGUUAUACAAAGAUUUAAGAAUAUUCCCCAAAGUAAUAACAAACUGCCAACUGGAACAUCAGGCUUCCCUUUAAUUCUGUGCUAGAAGGCCAACGCAGACUUUGAAAACACUCAUGACUAUAGAAUGCAAAUGUACUAAUCAGAACACACAACUGAAAGCCUUAAUUGCAGCAUCGAUAGUUAUAAAAUAUUGACAAGCACACAGAGAGCUGUCAUGCGACAGUCGUGGAAUUCAGACAACUCCUACCUAGGAUACAGUUUUCUACUCUUCCACAUACCAGACUACGUGGUACUGAUUCCUACAGUGUUGAUUAAGUUGAUCUUCUAGCUCAACUUAAAUUGUAAUAGAUCAGCCUAAUUAUUUCCCAGCAUACUGUUUGAACCAUCCAGUGCCCAUUGAUCUCACAAUGAUUAUUGUAAAGAAGCAAGAUAAUAAUUAUUAAAGAAAAUAUAAUUUCUUGAGUUAGUAUUCCGUAACAAGUUAAUGGUUUUUCAAUAAUACAUUUAUUACAAAUGACCAAAUUAUGCCUAGAUGGAAAAAGUGCUCAAAACUUGUUAUCUUUAAGUUAAUCUGUAACUCACUGUCAACACUGAAAGGUUGUAUGUUACUUUAAAUCCAGGAUAAAAGACUGGAAAAAAAUUUAGUGCAAAUCAUAAGCUGGUACUCAUCUUUUUCUAAUUUCUAAGAUUUAUUAACCUUUGAAAAUCACUUUUAAAAAAUCUCCUAAUGGAAUAAAGUUGAAAUUUUUGACUUGGCA